UAGGUACUCUUAAUAAUGAACCGAACCUUGCUUCUGCUAUUAUUCUGCUCCUGCUGUCUUACUAGGGAUGUCUCUAUCUCUUGAUAUUCUUCCUGAUGAAAUUCUUCAUUCUAUUCUAUGCUUCUGUUCCCCUUGCUCUGCAGCCUCCUUGGAGCAAGUAUCUCGGAGAUUCAGGCAUGUAACUAAUGAACCCUUGCUGUGGCGUUUCUACUGUCAGACCUAUUUUAAAUUUUGGGACAGAAAGCAUGAUAUGCCCUCAAAACUCACCGAAUCGGUCUGGUCGGUAGAUUGGAAGGAGCUUUACAUUACCAGGUGUCUCGUGGACCGUGCAGUGACUCAUGUUUUGGAUAGCAUUCUUGCGAGUCAAACUGGACGAAUCGAGAAAUUCCAUACUAUAAUCAGCUUUGGAUAUGAUGUGAAGGACACCCUCGUUCGGCACAGCCUAGCAGAAUCCUCGAUGGAGGACCAUCUGGCGCGAAGAUAUUACGCUAAAUCGGUCCUUUCUUGCCUUCACAGAAGCAUUGCGGUAUCAGAAUGGUCUAGUCUGGUUAAUGGAGAGCAUGUCUCUCUUGAACAGGCACUGGGUGCUUUUGAUCUCUUCAUUCCUGAGAGUGGUUAUGGUGAUUCGAAUGAGAUUAGUGCUAAGCUUCGUGGGAUUGUUACAGAGCUUCUAGCUUGCAAUCCUGACAUUGAGCUACUCACACCUCGCGUCAAGGCACUUCUUGUCGCUUCAUUUCUUAGGGAGAACAACUUGACUGGCAUUGAAUCAGGGCGAGACUAUCAUUGCCUAGAGCAUAAUUUUUUGGGGUUUGCACUGAGCGACCCUGGGCAUAAUUCUCUCCCCUUGAUAUCGGCGGCCAUUUAUUGCUAUGUUGCGCAGAAUCUUGGUUUGAACGCGCGUCCUUGUGGUUUUCCCUUCCACGUCCAUGUCAUAGUCAUACCCCCUUCGGGGUUAGACAUGGAUGGUAACAAACUAGAGGAUGGGAUUCUCGGGCAACCACUGUACAUGGAUCCGUUUCGCUCUGAUAGGGAGACACCUAUUUCAGAUCUGGAAAACCAACUGAACUUCUUAGGUGCGUCAAGCGUCGAAAAGGCCAAUUUCCUUGGCGAGUCCCUGACCUCGGAAAUCGUUCUGCGGUGCGGCAAAAAUAUUUUGAACUCUGUCGAACAGAUAUCUCAACUUCCUAAUCCGCACUUGGUUCCAGUAGAUGUGGCCAGUGCUCGAUAUGCAGCUUUCUGGUCGUCUAUGCUUUUCACAGGAGCAUCUCGACCAAUGGACCUUCGAAAUUAUUUGCCUUGGCUGAUGGAAAUAGUCGUUACUGAAUUCCCUUCAGACGUCUACCUUAUAGAGAAGCAUAUUCUCCCUCUCUUCCAGGGAAUGCUAGAAUAUGAUGAUAUUCUAGAUGGUCUUCACGUGAUGCAGGCAGUCGACGGGUUACCAAAGCAGGUGCGACGGCGGACUGUUCGAAAUAAGACUGUAUUAUACCGCAUAGGUCAGGUGUUCCAGCACCGUCGCUAUGGUUAUAGGGCCAUCAUUACAGGCUGGGAUGCAGAGUGUGGUGCCAGUGAGCAAUGGAUGAGAACGAUGAACAUUGACCAAUUGCAAGCCAGCAGUCAUCAAAGUUUUUAUCAUGUUCUAGUUGAGGAUAAGAGCGUUCGAUAUGUAGCAGAGGAAAACAUUGAGAUUAUCACACCCCAUGUAUCUGAGCUGCCGAGGGCACUCCUAGCGAUAGCGGGCAAGCAUUUUAAGAGAUGGGAUGGGGUGACACGGACAUUUGUCAGCAAUAUGAGAGAUGAAUACCCUGAUGACUGAGUUCUUAAUGUUUACGUUGGACAGUCAUAUGCAAGUCGGUAGUCAAUUUCCGAAUCCAGCCUGAGCUUGUAUGCUGGAACGUGGACAUCCUAUAUUGGAUGAUUGGUUUAUCGAACCCUCUUCGCACCAGCUCCUCUGGUGGGUAUGAUUAAUCCACCUCAGCAGACCUGUAUGGAAGUUGCUUGUGUGGAUGGCAGACAGACUAGCCCUCGAUGAUGCUGGCCUUAUCUUGGGAUUGUUCAUUGGCCCAUCCGGAGCUUGGACUUUAUACCAUUUGGGCUUAGGUGUUUUCACCAGAGAACUGCUUCAACUUUUGAAGAUUGUCCAUGGUUCACCUGCUUUUCCAGGACAUGGAACAUAAUAUAAACAUACUAUCAAGGAGGCUUGACUCUUCCUUUAUCAGCAGCUUUCAAUAUGGUGCCAUUGCUGUACUCAAGUUGGGGUAUGAUUAGGAUGGUGAGUUUGUAAUGUGUAUUGGGGGGGGUGAAUAUAAUAGUAGUUGCUGUGGUUUUAGCAAUUUAUAGCUAUGCCUCUUAUGGUCUAGCUAUUCUUAAGACUACUACUCACCUGAUAUGGAUAACAAUGGUUGGACAUCUUAUCUUGGUUAGGCAAUCUAUUAUAAUUAACGUAAUCGGACA